AUGAUUGUUAGAAGUGGGUCAUAAUGGCUGAAGACGAACCUCUGGAACCAUGGUUACGUGCGGGUAGGACCAUUGCAAGUCCAUCUCAAGGAGAAGAUGUUGUUAUCACAGGAAUUUCUGGUUGUUUCCCUGAAUCGGACAACAUCCAUGAGUUCCGUGAUAACCUCGCCAACAAAGCAGAUAUGGUUACAUACGAUUGGCGGCGUUGGGAAGCAAUCCACCCUGAAAUACCAAAAAGAGCUGGUAAGAUCUGGAACGUAGAAAAAUUCGACGCUGGUUUUGGUGUACAUCAACAUCAAUGUGAUGCUGUAGACCCAUUAUGUCGCAUUGUUAUGGAGAAGAGUUUUGAAUGUAUUCUGGACGCAGGUAUAAACCCUAAAGAACUUGAAGGUACCAAAACAGGUAUCUACGUUGGGGCCUGCGCAUCAGAAUCUGAAAAAUACUGGUUUUAUGAUAAUCCUGAACUAGAAGCAUUUGCCAUCACAGGAUGUCAUAGAUCCAUGUUAGCUUCAAGGGUUGCAUAUGCUCUUAAACUCCAAGGACCCGCUUUUGUAAUGGACACAGCAUGUAGUUCAUCCUUUUUUGCUUUUGAGCAUGCCUACAGAGCAAUUCGAGAAGGAAGAUGUGAAAGAGCCAUUGUUGCAGGGGCAAAUCUAUGUCUGCACCCUUAUGUAACCCUUCAAUUUUCUAGACUUGGGGUGUUGAGUCUAGAUGGUGCUUGUAAGUGUUUUGAUGAUUCUGCAAAUGGUUACACUAGAUCAGAAGCUAUCUGUGCUAUUUUAUUACAAAAAUCUUCAGAAGCAAAAAGGGUUUACGCUCAUGUUAUACACAGCAAAGUCAAUUCAGAUGGAUACAAAGAACAAGGGAUUACAUAUCCAUCAGAUACUCAAAAGAACCUUAUCAGGGAAGUAUAUCAAGAAUGUCAGAUACAUCCCAAUGAAAUUAGUUAUAUGGAAGCCCAUGGGACAGGAACCAAAGUAGGAGACCCUGAAGAGCUUAAAGCUAUUGAUGAUAUCUUCCUCAAGGAAAGAAACAGACCUCUUUUGAUUGGAUCUGUGAAAAGUAACAUUGGGCAUACAGAACCCACAUCAGGGUUGUGCUCCAUAAGCAAAGUUAUACUAAGUUAUGAAGGUGGUAAGAUUUUACCAAAUAUGAACUUUAAAACACCUAGGAGAGGAAUUGAAGCUUUGAGUAAUGGUCAGUUGAGGGUUAUUACUGAUAACACUGAUUGGCCUGAUGAUAAGGGUCUUGUGGGGAUCAAUAGUUUUGGCUUUGGAGGUGCAAAUUGUCAUACUAUUCUAAAAUGGAAUGAUAAGAUUAAAAAAACUCAAAAUUUUAUGAAGACAAACCCUAUUUUGGUUUGUAUCAGUGGAAGAACCACAGAGUCUGUUAAAACCAUCAUAGAAGACCUCAAACAGGAAAAACAACAUCAGGACCCUGAAUAUGUCAGACUCCUACAUGAAAUCUUCAAGUAUAACAUCCAAAAUCAUAAUUAUCGAGGUUAUGUUUUAAUCCAAGAUGAAACCAUUAUUGAAGAAAUUGAAUGGUGUCCAGAGAUUGAUGACCUGAAAAUUAUCUUUCAAUUUGGAGAAUUAAACAUAACCUCUAAAUUUGAAGACUUUUUAAAUAUUCCUUUGAUAAAAGAUUUUCUUUCGAAGGAAUUUAAUUCAAAAUCUUCUUUACACUGGCAACUUUUACUUGUAACAGUAUUCAAAUAUUUGGGGACGAAACCUGAUGACCUCAAGGGUCUAAACAGUAACUUGGUACGUCUUUACAUCCAAGAAAUAAUUUCCUUAGAAGAAGUUCUUAAAAAUGGUUCUGAAUAUAAAGGACCUCAAAAGAAUACAGAUUUACCCAAAAAUGUUGUGGUUGUAAACUUUGGAACCCCAAUUUUGAAUGACCCUAAAGUGGUUAAUGUAUUUCAAUCAAAUUUCUAUAAAACCCUUGGUAAACUUUUUAAUUCCGGGGUUAAUUUUGAUCUAAGUUUGCUUUACCCUGAUGUGCAGUUUCCUGUAUCAAGGGGUACAUCAAUGAUCUCACCUUUAAUCAAAUGGGACCAUAGCCACGAUUGGUAUGUGACUAAAUACCGUGCUCAGGAUAUCAUUAAAACAGGUUUUGUCUACAUGGCUCUUGAUCUUAAAGAUGAAUACUGGAAAUAUCUUUCUGGACAUGUUGCUGAUGGUAGGAACUUAUUCCCUGCUACGGGUUACUUAUCCCUGGUUUGGGACGUGCUUGGGAUGAUAACUGGCAAGAUUACCAGCAAUAUGAAGAUUGUUUUUGAAGAUGUCAGAUUUCUAAGAGCUACUAAUAUUCCAACUAAAGGCACAUUAUUCUUUACCAUCAUGGUCCAAAGAGGUACUGGUAAUUUUGAGGUGGUUGAAGGUGGAGUAGCAGUUGUAACAGGUACCAUCAGAGAACUACAAGAAAAUGAAGACCUUCCUGAAAUGCAGGAACCUUCUGAUACAGAAAUAACCAUGAAUCAGAAAGAUAUUUAUACUGAGCUUAAGUUCAGAGGUUAUAACUAUAGAGGGACUUUCAAGGGUCUUGAUAAAGUAACUUUAACCUGUGAAAAAGGUUUGAUUGAAUGGACAGGGAACUGGGUUACCUUUUUAGACAACAUGCUGCAAAUGCAAAUUUUACAAGCGGAUACCAGAAGUUUGUAUGUUCCAACAGGAGUCAAGAGGAUUUGUAUAGAUGCCUUAAGUCAUUCUAAAAUGGGUGAGAAAAUGUCCCAGAUACCUGUUUGGGCUUACAAAGAACUUGGGACUAUCAGAGCUGGUUAUAUUGAGUUAAGGGGAAUAAUGGCCAAUGUAAUCAAUAGGAAAAAACUACCAGAACCUGUUAUAGAAAAAUAUGUCUUCCUACCAAAUGAGGUUACAUUGGAUCUGAAGACAUCUUUAAGGGUUGUGAUGCAAAUUGCAUUAGAAAACUACCCGUUGACUAAAUUGAAGAUAAUUGAACAUAUGGAAAAUGUCCCCAAUACAGGAUUUGAAGAAGAUACUGUUGCUUUGUUUAUCAGGGAUGCUUUAGAUGACCUACCAUUGAUUGAAGCUGAUCUUAGGAUAUUUACAAAAAUAAUCUGGAUAGGAUCAAAAAGGGUUUUUGUUGAGGAUAAGACCUUAGGAGCUGAACUUGAUUGCUACAUGGUUAUUGUACACCAGGACCAGGACCUUAACUCUAAAAUUGAUAAGAUCUCAAAGGUCCUAAAACCCAAUGGGUUUCUUUUGAUCAAAUCCAAUGAAGAAGAAAUAGAGGUUAUAAAGGGUUUUAAUUUGAUUGUUAAACAUAAACAUUCUUCAGGUAUGAUUACUUUGUAUCAACGUCAGAAACCUGAUCUGAAGACCAUUUUUAUUGAAUACCAAGAAGAAAAAGAAGAUGUGGUCUUUAAAAAGAUCCAAAAAGCAGAUAAGAAAUCUAACAUUAUUUUAUACACUACACAUAAAAUUAAUGGUCUUCUUGGAUUCACGAACUGUCUGAGGAAGGAACCUUCCCUGGGAACCAAUGUAAAAUGCUUCAUCCUCAACCAAACAUUAAACAUCAAUGACCCUGAAGUAAACAUUCAACUAUCAAAACAAAUGUCAGUUAAUAUUUGGAAAGAUGACCAAUGGGGUACCUAUAGACACCUUACCCUGAAGAAUGCCCCAAUGGUUCAAGUAGAACAUGCUUAUGUCAAUGUUACAACCCGUGGGGAUCUUUCCAGUCUAUCAUGGAUUCAAGGACCUAUUACUACAUCCGAUGAUAAUUUGAUUAAGGUUUAUUAUGGAGCUGUUAACUUCAGGGAUGUGAUGACCGCUACAGGAAGGGUUUCAGUUGAUGCUAUUACCAAUGACAGAUUAGAACAAGAAUGUGUGCAAGGAUUUGAAUAUUCCGGGAUUGAUUCAAACGGUCGAAGGGUUAUGGGUAUGUUAACAUCAGGUGCCCUGUCAACUAUCCUUACACCAGACCCGGAUAUGAUAUUACCUGUGCCUGAACAUUGGACUUUGGAAGAUGCUGUGACUGUACCUGUUGUUUAUGGGACAGUUUUGUAUGCAUUCUUUAUGAGAGCUGGUGGUUUGUUUCCUGGUAUGUCUGUUCUUAUCCAUUCUGGGACAGGUGGUGUGGGUCAAGCAGCCAUUGCAAUAGCCCUUUUCUUCAAAUGUCAGGUUUUUGUCACAGUUGGUUCCCUGGACAAGAAAAACUACAUCUUGAAAAAGUUUCCAACCCUCAGAAGUGAAAAUAUUGGUCAUUCCAGAGACACAACCUUUGAAAGUUUGGUUCUGAGCAAGACCAAAGGUCGUGGUGUUGAUAUAGUGUUAAAUUCUUUAGCUGAAGAAAAAUUACAGGCAUCUUUAAGGUGCGUGGCCCAAAAUGGACACUUUUUGGAAAUUGGUAAAUUUGAUCUAUCAAUGGACAACCCAUUGGAUAUUAGCAUUCUUCAGAAAGGUGUUACCUUCCAUGGAAUUAUGCUAGAUGGAUUAUUUAAGACCCUACCAGCAACCAAAAACUAUCUAAUGAAUUGGUUACGUAAAGCUAUCUUGAAAGGAGCAGUUGUACCAUUAGAACGCACAACUUUUGAAAGGGAUGAGUUAGAGAAAGCAUUCAGAUUUAUGUCUACAGGAAAACACGUUGGUAAAGUGGUCAUCAAAGUUAGAGAUGACCCUAAGAAUCCAAGAAUGAUGAAACAAAACCUAUUCCUGGCAGUUCCAAGAUAUUACUGUCCUAAAGGUAUGACCUGUUUAGUUGUUGGAGGGUUAGGUGGGUUUGGUCUAGAAUUAUGUGACUGGUUGAUCCUUCGAGGAUGCAGAAACCUUAUUAUUACAUCCCGAAAUGGGUUGAAAACAGGUUACCAACACCUAAGACUGCAAAUCUGGAGAAAUUAUGGUGCAAAUGUCACUGUUUUAACAGAAAACCUAUUUACUUCAGGAUCCUGCACAAGGGUUCUGAAAAAAGCUGAAAAACUUGACGCCAUUUUUAAUUUAGCUGCGGUUUUACAUGAUGGUCUCCUUGAACACCAAACUUCCGAACAACUAGAAGAAGUUUUACAGUCAAAAUACACCACAACUAAAUUUUUGGACCAAUUAAGUAGAACCCUAUGCCCUGAAUUGAGACACUUUGUGGUAUUCUCUUCAGUAUCCUGUGGAAGAGGUAACAUCGCCCAGGUCAACUACGGCCUAGCAAAUUCUUUAAUGGAAAAACUAAUGGAAACCAGAAAACAAGAUGGUUUCCCAUCUCUGGCAAUACAAUGGGGAUCAAUUGCAGAUGUGGGACUAGCUGCAGAACUAAUAAAUGAUGACCUCAAUGAAAGACCCAUUGGAGGAACACUUCCACAAAAAAUAUCAAAUUGUUUGGAACUAUUAGACCAGUUUAUGUCCCAACCUGAAACAAUUGUAGCAUCAAUGGUAGUCGCAGAAAAAAGAGGUGGGCUAUUCAUGGCUGAUAACAUGAUUGAUACAGUUGUGAAUAUAAUGGGUUUGAGGGAUCUGAAAACAGUAAGUCUUCAUUCCUCACUUCCUGAAUUGGGCAUGGAUUCUAUGAUGGCCGUUGAGAUCAAACAAACUUUAGAAAGAGAAUAUGAAGUAUUCUUAACACCACAUGAUAUCAGGACUUUGACUUUUGCAAGACUACAGGAUCUUCAAUCUGAGAAGAACCCUAAAAGUCAAGAGACAUCUCUGGAGAAGAAAGAUUCCAAGUUGGAGAAUGUUAAACUUUUAUUGAGGUUCAUCAAUGAUGAAGACUGUUCUAAACAGGUGACUCCCCUGAAAAACGCCCUGAAUUGGGUUUAUGUUGAAGGUACCCCAAAGGUAUUCUUCAUACCUGGCGUUGAAGGUUUUGCAAGUAUUCUGGAACCUUUAUGUUCAAAACUACAUUGUGAAACUAUAGGUCUUCAGUUUACAUAUGAUGACCCUCCAGAUACUAUUCUAGAAAUGGCUUAUCUAUUGGUACCAUAUAUCAUCUCCCAUUUGAAGGAUGACGACACCUUCAAUUUGGUAGCUUAUUCUUUUGGUUGUACAGUUGCUAUUGAAUUAGCUGGUAUUCUAGAAGAAUCUUUUGGUCUUCAGGGAAAGGUUAUCCUUAUUGAUGGUGCUCAUGAAAUGAUGUUGAAGUUGACCCACCAGCAAACUAAUGUUAACUCACCUGCUGAAUUUGAGACUUCUAUUCUUUGUAAUAUUUUUACUAUCUACAUGCCUUUGGAAGUAGUUGAUACUUAUAGAGAGGAACUUCUUCAGAUGGAAAAUUAUGAAGAAAGGGUUAAUUUUGUUCAAUCUAAGAGCCCAGAAGCUCAAUACAGUAAAGAGUAUAUCAAAAAGGUCUGUAUUGCUUUCCAUAAAAGAGUAAGAGCAGUUUUAACCUACAAAAAGAGUAAUUACCUGUUGAAUAGUGAGCUUAUUUUGAUAAAACCCACGAGGCAAAGUGUAAUUGACAUAGAACCUGAUUAUAAUCUAAGGGUUCAUAGUGCCAGAGGUGAGGUUAAGGUUAAAGUGUUUGAUGCAGACCACUAUAGCAUUCUGGAUAAUGAUAACGUGGCAAAAGAAAUUGAUCAGAUCAUCAAACCACAGAUUUUGGAGAAAACUGGUCAAAAUCUUGGGAAAGAAGUUAAAAUUACUAUUUCUGAUAAAAUAAAAACACGUUAGAUUUAGUUUAUUAUUACAAAAUGGUUUAUGGUUAUAAAAAAGGGUAAAAUGGUUUAGGGUAUGGUCAUGUUGACCAGAAAAUGGUGCUUGGGAAACUGGAAUAAAUUUUGAACUGAUAUAAAAAGAAAUAA